UCCAAGGUGCGCUAGCCACCACUGUGUAGAUCCACAAACUCUGCAAUACAGGGCAGGGGAAGCAGCCAAAAUCACAGCAUGCACUGGGAAAAAUUGCCGUCCUCGGAGCAGAGCUGCAGGCCGUACCAGGGCGUGCGCGUCAAAGACCCCGUCAAGGAGCUGCUGAGGAGGAAGCGAGGAGCAGAGGCUAACAAACCAACACCCACCACCGCGGUCGUGGUCCCAAACAGUACUUUUUCCUCGCAUCCUCAGAUCGGUGCCUCUGGUUUUGUGGAGGCAGCAGGGGGCGAAGUCUUGGACGCACCGGCAGGUGACGGGGGGGCAGUCUGCACGGGGUGGAUUGCCCAGCCCACGGCCACAACCCUGCAGCCCCUCACCCAGUGGCCCUGCCCAGACUACAUGCCCUUUGACCCCAACAGCUCCACUUUUUCCACGGACAUGUACGUGCAGCCGGUGUGCCCCAGUUACACGGUGGUGGGGCCGUCCUCUGUGCUGACCUACACACACGCGCCCCUCUUCACCAACUUCGGGCCCAGGGCUCCCACUCCGGCUGCCCUCCCGCAGGUCGAUCUCCCCGACGCCUCGGUCACCUACAUCCCCUGGCCCCAGCCGCUCGCCACCCUCACCACCCCCACGGUGCAGUGCCCACCGGGUGCUGCCCCUUUCGCGGGCCCCCAGCUGGUGUCCCUGCCCCUGCCGGUGUCUGUGCCAGAGCCCGACCCGGAACGCCUGGAGCAGGCCCGCGCCACCGUGGCCAGCCUGCCUCUGGAGAGGCUGCUGGAGGAGGAUGACGACAAAGACACGUACGUGACCGGCUCUUCGCUCUUCACCCAGGGCGUGUGA